UCCUCACAAGUCCACUCGUCUUCCCCUCACCCAUCCACGCCGCCGCCGCCUCCCGGAUCGCCCCGACAAUGGACCAGUACGAGAAGGUGGAGAAGAUCGGGGAGGGGACGUACGGCGUGGUGUACAAGGGGAAGGACCGGCAGACCAACGAGACGAUCGCGCUCAAGAAGAUCCGCCUCGAGCAGGAGGACGAGGGCGUCCCUUCCACCGCCAUCCGCGAGAUCUCGCUGCUCAAGGAGAUGCAGCACCGGAACAUCGUCAAGCUGCAGGACGUCGUGCACAACGAGAAAUGCAUAUACCUAGUCUUCGAGUACCUUGACCUCGACCUCAAGAAGCACAUGGACUCCUCCCCGGAUUUCAAGAACCACCGGAUAGUCAAAUCUUUCCUCUACCAGAUUCUCCGGGGCAUUGCGUACUGCCACUCGCACGGUGUUCUCCACCGAGAUUUGAAGCCUCAGAACCUACUGAUAGAUCGGCGCACCAACUCAUUGAAGCUUGCCGACUUUGGAUUGGCUAGGGCAUUUGGCAUUCCUGUUCGGACAUUUACUCACGAGGUGGUGACAUUGUGGUACAGAGCACCUGAAAUUCUUCUUGGUGCAAGGCAUUAUUCCACCCCUGUUGACAUGUGGUCAGUUGGUUGCAUUUUUGCUGAAAUGGUGAAUCAGAAGCCACUAUUUCCUGGAGAUUCUGAGAUUGAUGAGCUCUUUAAGAUUUUCAGAAUUUUGGGCACUCCAAGUGAAGAAACUUGGCCAGGUGUUGCUUCACUGCCUGACUACAAAUCAGCUUUCCCAAAGUGGCCACCUGUGGAGCUUGCAACCGUGGUCCCAACACUUGAUACUUCAGGACUUGAUCUUCUAUCUAUUUGACAUACUUCACUUGCUGGAAUACAUGCUCAUGGGAAUGGACCAUUGGAAUCAGAAAGAAAGUUACUGUUGCAUUUGGCCUCACGCCUGAAUGUUGCUAUGGAUCGGAGGACCAAUGACAAUGAAUCGAUUUUUGUAUGCAAGCGAUGGCGAUGUUCUUGUGCAGUGGAGUAUACAAGAGGAGGAUUCAGCAGGACGAGUUAAUGGCCUUAAAUUGUGUCCCCAAGAAGCAGCGAAAGCAGUUGGACAAUACUGUUGCAGACUUGCAGGUGCAGUGCAGGGUAAAUAUAAAGUGAGGCACAUGUAAAAGCCGUCUGCAAUGACACCGUCACGAAGAUGACGUGAAUAUGUCUGAAAAUUAUCAAAUCAUCUGUCGGUUUAUAUGUACCUAGACAUUUUACGUGACGUGUUUGGAUGGAUAUGUUGAUUGAUAAAAUGUCCUUGCACGUGGAAAUGUGACAAUUUUAAAUCUUGAGUA